AUGGUGAACGAACCAAUCUCUCCUGCUGACAUUGUCGUUCAUGAUGGAAGCAAUUCUUCACAGGAUUCUUCACCAUCAAGUGCUUCUGACGUUGCCUCAUCUACAUCAACAACAGCACUCCCACAAGCACAUCACUCAAUCACAAAAUCCAUUGGUCGUCCGAAGCGUCGCCAUUCAGUUGAAGAGAAGGAGCAAAGAGAUCGGAGACGAAGAGAAAAAAAUAGGCAGGCUGCUCGUCGUUCUCGAACAAGAAAGAGGGUUCAACGCGAACAAUUGGAAAAUCAGAUCUAUGAAUUAGAGGCUGCGUUCGAACUUAUGAAAAAUUCAAUAAAGGAAAAAGACAAUGCCAUUGAAAAGUUGGAGGUUAAGAAUGAAAUGUUAGAAAACACCGUUAAAGAAAAGAAUUAUGAAAAUGAGAGGUUAAGAAUGUUAUUGAA